AUGCCUCCUAUGCCAAGUCAAAAAGGGACAGGAAAAAAGGGUCGAGAUCCGCGUCAAUCUCGAAGUCGAAAUACAACACCAAGUCUAGUUGGUGCAUCGAGCUCUGUCGCACCUUCUGAUGCCGGGAAAACCCCAUAUACACAAAUCCCAAUCAAUAUUCUUCGAACUUCUGUGGCGGAAGAGAUUGCUGAGCAACAUACUUCCACUAUUCCCAACUCAAGAGAGCUUGAGGCUCUUAUGCAACGUAUGGAAAGAUUGGCCUCGAGCGUAGAUGAACGUGCUGCGGUAUGCGACAAAGGGAUGCGAGUUUUGGCACAAUCGAGGAAGGAGAGAAACGAGGAACUAGAAAUCGAAAAGCGAGACGAAGAUUUGAAGGAGAGAAUGAAGAGAGACUUGGCUGAAGAGGAAGAGCGGGGAAGACACAAGGCGCACAAGAUUAAAAAAAGGAAGGAUGUCAGUAGUGCCAGAGAAGAACGGCCAUUGACACAUGGUGCCCAUGUUUUGGCACCACAAGAUGGAUCUAAUCUUGAGGUCGCCGUGCCUAGCCGAGAUUAUACACAUAAACAUCAUAGAAAAUUAUCAAAAGAGAGAGACAAUGAUUCAAUCAGUUCGUCGCUUUCUCCCCCUGCCCCAGCAACACCAACAGCAGGUAUGAAUGCCGAUACAAAACAGAAAGAUGCUGUCGAAGAUGAAUCCAGUUCCGAUGAACAUCAACCUCCCCCAGCGCCAAAGAUUCCCAAUUACCAAACAUUCGGGCCGGAUCCCUCCACCUUCCCAGAUCCAACAGUCUAUGAAAUUACGAAAAUAAAACCCGGAGAUCCUAGGAUGAGUGAGGAGGAGAAGAAAAAGGUUUAUUCUGUGGCCGUGUAUCCGACAAAUGAUCUUCAUGAUCUUAUCCCAGGAACGCCACCAGACAAGGAUUUCAGCAAUGCAAAACCAACAAAUCAAGUACAAGCUAAUACCUUUGCGACAUACCUAGAGCCAUAUUUCCGGCCAUUCACGGAGGAAGAUCUCGCGUUUCUUCGUGAACGCGGAGAUCGUGUGAAUCCAUUCAUUAUACCUAGACGUGGAAAGAAACACUAUACCGAAAUCUGGGCGGAGGAGGACGGCGCUAUGUCAGUUGACACACCACAUCAAGGACGGGACAAAUUGCCUCCAAAUCAAGCUCGUGGAAGCAUUGAUGAUAUUGAUGAUGCCGUAGCAGAGACGGAUCAGGUUUCUGCUGGCCCAAUAUUGUCGAGAUUGUUGGCAACUUUAAGACCAGAGAAUCGAGCACCUCCCUCGGAGGAUAAACCUAUGAUGAACGGCAUAAGUAAUGGCGAAGGUAGUUUCAAUGGUGAAAUGAAUGGAGACAUGGCGGAACCAAGUCAACACAGCGACACAUCCCCCUUACCUCCUGCAACUUUCAUGUCUGAUUCGGCAUCCGAAUCUUGGAAGAAAGCAAAUCAUCCAAAGCUCGAUCACGCUCAAGUAGAUGAAAGGAUUAAACAGGAGCUUCGCCACAUUGGAUUCCUCCCACCCGAUACCGAACCCGAUUACGAUGCUCAUUAUGACGACGAAAUAGCCGCACGUCUACGAUUUUUACAAACCAAGCUCAGGGAACAGUCAAUUAUCAAUGGAGCACGGAAAGCUCGAUUACAGGAAAUUACGAAGGAACGUAUGGCACAUCAGGAAUAUCAAACUAUCCUCGAAGAUCUUGAUGGUCAAGUAAACGCGGCUUAUACCAAACGAUCCCGUACAAUAGGAAAAACCAAGAAGAACAAAAAAUCUGGAGGUGCUGGUGGUGGCAAUCAAGCUGCCAAUGGUGCUGCUGGUAUGGCAAGACCAGGUCUCGGCGACGUGACCAAGACUUUGAUGGAAAAACGGCAAAAAUGGAUCAAAAAUAUUGGAGCUGUAUUUGAUGAUGAGCGGAAUUUGGGCAAAGUACCGCGUUCAAAGGAUGAGGGUAGCUCGAUAUUCAAGCCCGAAAUCAUGGCUGAAUUCAUUCAGAAGGAGAAAGAUGGGUGGGAUGAAGAUGGAGAUGAAGAAUAA